AUGGAGCUUCUGAACUCUUUUUCUGAAGACUUGCCUCUGAUCAAAUCAAUUGAAUCUUCAAUCUCAACUACAGAGGCUUACCUCUUAGGGUACUCAAGAGCGAUCUACAACCAAGAUAUUAAUCAAUCGAUCGACUUUUUCAAUAAACUCAACAUUUACAAAGGGUCAGAUUUUCUCACUGAGCAUGCCGAGCUAUUUCUACUCUACAAGUUCUAUUCAGGGUGUUUGCAUGAAGCUGAACUCUUAUUGUCUCUUCUUAUUGAAGUAAAUGCCUCACACAUGCUUCGUCAUCUGAUUUGUGAAGAUGAUCAACAAACCUAUAAAAAAAUCAAAUCUAUUUUUAAAUAUAACGCACUCGAUGAUUUGCCACAGGAGCCUGCCAUCAGAGAGCCAAUUGAUUGUCCUAUAUGUCUCGAAGAAAUCCCUGACGAAGAGUCUAUACCUCUAGAGCAAUGUGGGCACAAUUUCCACCAACUAUGCAUGUACAAAUACCUUGAAACUAAAGUAGAAGCUCGGCAAUUCCCAAUUCUGUGCCCUUUGGAUACUUGCAAAAUUGAAAUCGAUAUGUAUGAUCUUAAAGAAAGACUAGGGCCAUAUUUAUAUCAAUUAUAUGAAGACUAUACAUUCAAAGAAUACGUACAAAACCAUCAAGACGAGUGCACAUGCUGCCCAACUGCUGAUUGUACUUAUGUGUUUAUACCAGACUCUAAUACAGAAUUUAGCUGUCCUGUUUGUACCAAGCAUUAUUGUUUAAGAUGCAGAUGCAUUUUCCAUCAAAAUCUAACAUGCGAAGAAUAUAUAGCUGCCAAUGGGAACGUUGAAGAUGCACAAUUUUUAAAAUUUGUCAGGGGGGCAAAAUUUAAACAGUGCCCUCAAUGCAGGUUUUGGGUUGAAAAAAAUCAAGGUUGUGACCAUAUGACGUGCAGAUGUGGGUUUCAGUUUUGCUAUGUGUGUGGAGGGGUGUAUCGUAAGUGUGCUUGCGGAUAA